GCGGUGCGGCGCCCGCGUUAUAAGGCGGGGAGCCCGUGAGAGGCGUCAGAUUUCCCGGCCGGAGAGUUUUGUUCCUGUUCCUUCGUGUUGGCGUCUGUUCAGUUGGUGAUAAAGCUUCGCCCUUGCUGCUGCUGCUGCUGUUCGCGAGACUGAAUGCGCUGUGCGCGCUGGCUUUGAAUGAUGAUGGGAUCCGGCCAGAGGGGCGGGUUUCGAGCGCUGGUUGCGCUGUUGCUUGCUUUCUUUCCAGCGUUCAUCCAAGCUCAAAACCCAGCGGCAUCGACAUUCUACCUCGAGGAAACCGAAACACAGUUCAGUCUCAAUCUAGCAAACGACUCGAGCGGCGAUGUGUUCAUCUACUUUGCCAGUCCGGCGUAUUCGUGGGUGGGCGUGGGGUUUGGGGACGGCAUGAAGAACAGCUUGAUGUUUGUCAUGUAUCCGAAUCAGAAGGGCGACAACGUCACCAUCAGCCCCCGAACCGCAGACGGCCACUCCGAACCGAGCUUCACUUCCAAGCCCCAAAUCUCCCUCCUCAAUGGCACCAGGGUCACCGACGACGGCAUGUUCGUCCUCCGCGCACGCUGCAGCGACUGCCGCGUCUGGCAGGGAGGCUUCCUCGACGCCAAAAACACCGCACACCCUAUGCUCUACGCCUUCGGCCCCGGGAACCGUCUCCAGUCUAACGACGUCAAUGCUCCUCUCCAUCGACAUAUUCGCUACGGCAAGUUCACUAUGAAUAUGGUGGCAGCGACUGGCGAAGGCGCGGUGCCGGCUAACACGACGGCAUCGAAUGGCGUUCAGAUGGUAGGGGGUAUGACGAGGGAUCAUGACCGGGCGAACCUGGCGCAUGCGGUUAUGGGGUGUCUGGCGCUGUUUGUAUUCUGGCCGCUGAACGUCAUCUUCGCGGGGUUCUUCCGGAACAUCAAGAUCCACGUAGGAGUCUCGGUCUUCAUCAUGGUAUUCCUAGUCUCAGCAUACGGGCUAGGGAUUUCGACGAGUUCCGAGUACAACCGGUCCAAAUCCUUCACCUCCCCGCACCAAAUCCUCGCCUUCCUCACCAUCCUCCCCAUCCUCCUCACGGCCCUUCUCCCCGUCAAACCCGUCUCGCACAUCCACGCCCUCCUCCCGCGCAUCCACACGCCCCUGACAACGUUAACCUUCGUCUUCCUCGUGCUGACCGGCGGGCUUGGCCUGCAUCUCUACGCGGCGCCCACCUCCAUCAUCCUCGCCUACACCGCCAUCAGCCUGCUCGUCUUCAUCUUCAACGUGCUGCUGCAGACCUGCAUCAAGCGGCGCGGCUCGGCGUACGCGCGCGCCACGCUGAGGCGGAGACUCGGCGAAGAGGACGAGCAGGACCUCGUGCUCGCGCAGUACUAUGCCAACCGCAAGCUCGAGGAUGAGAGGAGUCGCAGCCCGAGUGCUGCGAGCAGCGAGUACCAUCAGCAUGCGAGGAGUUUGAGCGGGGGAGCGGGGGGUGCUGCGGGAGGGAGUUCGCCUCCGGGGAGGGGAGGCAUGUUUGGAGGGGGUUCGAUGCCCGGGCCGCAGUAUUUGCUCAAUAUGCACCCCGGUGUGCCGUGGAGACCGGGUGCGUAGGCGGUUAGGAGGGGGGAGGGGGGGGGACGAAGAGGA